AUGACAGAGGCUAAAACAAAUAGAAAGGAUAUUACUGUUUUAAAUCCUGGCAAGUUGAAGAAGAGUUCAAUACGACAGAAACUUCCGCAUUUAGAUUUAUGCCCAAGAGAAAAGCAAUCGUAUCUGAACAGUAUUUCACGUAUUCAUAAAGGAAGGUUGCUCAAAGAAAUAAAAAAGAACCAAACUAAUAUAAAUCUUCCUCUACCAUCAAGAAAAAUUAAAUUCAGACCAAUUCGAUGCAAGUCCGCAUCACAAAGUCCCAACCCACCAAUUCAUACUUCUUGCUGUAAUUCAAAGCACAACGGCCGAUUCCCUAGCACUGCUGAAAACCGCCUCGUACUCAACAAGAACGGAAGUAUUUUAGUACAAAAAAAUAAACGAACUCAACUUCGAGAUGUUUAUGUGGAUUUAUUAAAUCUACCCCCUAUUCCUUUAAAUCUAAAAAUGACGAAGUCUUUCUCAUCAAAUCAAGUAAACGUUUCAUGCCCAUUCCAGUCGAGGAUCACUACGAUUACAGAGAAAGACUUGGAUUUGAUUAUCCCACAUCUAAUAAGACGCCGUUCAAAUUCAGGUUCUUGUUGUCAUACUCCUUGCUUUUCUCCAUAUUUUAAAAAUGUACCUGAAACGUCUAUACAUUUUGCACCUGUCCGAAUGACAAAUAUCCACACAUUGGAAACACUAUGGUGUAAAAAACGUCAGGAGCUACAGAACAGAAAUAAUACGGAAAUCAAAAGAACAAAAAUGAAAGCACAACAAUCUAUCAGAAGUCCUUCUGCUUAUAGCCCUUUCACUCAACGCAGAAUGAUUUUUGAUGAUAUGGAAAAACGAGAUUUGCUACAGUGGUCCCAUAGUAAUCCAUUAUCAAAUUGUUCCAAGUCGCCUGUCGCGUACUGAGAAGUAAGAUCAAUAUAUACUGGUUAUGGAAUGAAUAUUAAUGAGCACACGUGAUAAAGUUUUAAACGGACUCCUCGACUUUAAAAAUACUUCGGUUGCAUGACAUCAUUAGAAAUACUGUUUAUCAUCGGCAUAGACGAUAGCACAUUUGAUAAUUACAGUUAUUAUUCCAUGUAAGCUAUUGAAAUGAAAUUUUGUCCUAAACGAUUGUUCGUUGUCUUCGGCUUCAGAUGAUGGACAAGGUUGAAUAACAGUAUUAUAAAUCUACCACUCACUGUAUGGUUCAUGUAAGCUUG